AUGGCUUAUUUCAACGGCAAAUACCUCAAAGACCUCAUGGCAAAGAUUCUUCGCGGAGAAGAGAGCAUCAAUUCCGCAGAUGCAGUAGAAAUCCUGCACAUUCCUUUGAAACUUGCUCUGGAGAUCGGAGUUAUCGACUCUAUGGAGGGUCUCGAUCCAUACGGAGAAAUGAAGAUUUCAUGCAAGCGGAUUUUGAAAAAGCUUGAGCGAAAGAAGAAGGCUUUGGCUAAUCAAAAAGUUACGGACCCUGCCAAGAAGGAACACAAGGAACACGAGCAAGAAGCAAAAGAUCUCAUCAAGAAGGAGAAGUCUGAGCAGAAGAAGGAAGCCAAGGAGCAAGUGAAUAAGGAAAAGUCUGAAGAGAAGAAAAAGGAAUCCGUAAAGAGAAAGUCAUCGGAAAAAUUGGAGGCACCAUCCAAGAAAGCCAAGAAUUCUGAGGAUCAAGAAAAUCAAGUAGCCAUCAAAAAGAAGGUCACUCCACCGAAGACCAAGCAUACCGCCCUCUUCAAAAAGUGCAUGGCUAUGCGAGCCAAAAAUUUUGCCUAUUAA